GUUGUUGCCUACUGUAAGGAGACUGAACUUUUACACAGAGGGUCAGUGCGGAGCUGACACCAUGGUAGAAACAUCAGAAAAAGUGCCCAUAGCCCUGGCAGGGCCAGCCGACCUGGAGCAAUGCCUCCCGCCUGCGUACGCCGUGGCUGUGACAGCCCCCGGGAGCAGCAGCAGCAGCAGCCGGAGUGGGCGCCUGCUCAAGGUCGGAGCCGUGAUCCUCAUCACCGGAGCUGCCUUGCUAGUCCUCGGAGCGAUUGGAGCUUUCUACUUCUGGAAGGUCAAUGACAAAAACAUAUACAAUAUGCAUUAUAGCAUGAGCGUCAAUGGAAAGGUUAAAGAUGGAUCUCUGGAAAUUGACACUGAGAACAACCUUGAAACAUUCAGGACUGGAAGUGGCAGUGAAGAGGCAGUGGAGAUUCAUGAUUUUCAGACUGGAAUUACAGGAAUUCACUUUGCUGGAGGAGGGAAGUGUUACAUCAAAGCCCAAGCUAAAGCACACCUGCCUGAUAUUGAGAACAUGAAAACUGAAGCAAUUGCACUUGAGCUUGAAGAUGAAAUCAUGCCUGCGAAGUUUGAAGAAGAAUCUCUCAUCUGGGUUGCUGCAAAACAGCCAGUCAAAGAUCAUGGCUUCUUGAGUCCUAAGAUUUUGGAAUUGUGUGGUGCUCUGCCUAUAUACUGGCUGCGUCCAAUGUAUACAAAAGAAGGUCAAAGGAAGAGACGAUCAGUGGAUGAUGAGAGACCUCGAAUAUUUGAACCUUACUACAAUGAGUAUGACUAUGGCAUUGGUGCUGUAGACGAAUAUGGCCAAGUUGUGGGCGCAGCUGCUGAAGUUGACAUUGACACAGCUGAUGUCCAAGCUCAGGAUGCAAGAGCAGAACCAAGAGUAAAUGACACAGCUCCAGAAGAAGGGGUUCCAUCUACUUUCAAUGCAGAAAACCCCUAUCAUCGAAUCUUAGAAGGUGAGAGUGGCACCAUGACCUUUGACCCUAUGCUGGAUCACAACGGAAUCUGUUGUGCUGAGUGCAGGCGCAGUUAUUCACAUUGCCAGCGCAUAUGUGAACCCUUGCGUGGCUACAUCCCCUGGCCUUAUAAUUAUCGAGGUUGCCGUGUUGUUUGUAGAUUAAUCAUGCCAUGCUCCUGGUGGGUAGGACGCAUACUUGGUUUGGUAUAAGCUGCUGAAGGAGCCCCAUUUUUGAAAGUGGAACCCAAUGGAUAAUAAUUAUUGGCUAUGAAUUUUCAUACAUGAUUAUUGUUGGAAGGAAUUUCUGAGAAGAGUUGCAAUUUAAAGUGCCUUUGUUAAAAACUAUCCAUUAAUGCACCUCAGUGUCUGACCACAUAUUUUCUGCAGAUGUAAUGUUUAUAGAGUUUGGUUUAAAAAUUGAAAUAUUCCAAACCCAUCUAAAUUGUGUAAAGCUACAUGUGGUUAGACCAAAAGUAUAAUUACUUAAAAUGAUCCUGUUUAUUUAGAACAUUGUACAGACAUUAGAAAUUGUGCAAUAAAGCAUGCAGCAACAUGUAUGUGUGCUUAGAUCCUUAUCUGUACAGAUAAUAUGAUCCAUUGGUGGUGUAUAUGUAACUCUAAGAUUAAAAAGGCCAAUGAAUACAAUAGAACUAGCUGACUAGGACUGUUAAAUGCUUUUUGUUAUUAAGUUUCUAAAAUUUUCAAUUCCAAUUAUUAAAGAAUGUCAUGCAU